GGCGGUGGGGAGAGGAAAACCUUUGCGAGGAGCCUGCGGCUUGGUCCCUUCCCGCGUUCCCUGCCCCCGGUGGUCCCAGCCCCCAGCAGCGCCCGCCGAGGCCGCAGGAGGGGGCGGGUUUCGUGGGCUUCGGGACGGCGGGAGGAGCGCCAUCCCCGUAUCCCGGAGAACAGGACGCGCGCAGAGGACCAUCCCUGGCACCAGACCCACGCCAGUCCUCUGGGUGUCUACACCCGGGCGCCCGGGCGUGUCUGUGCGCCCGCAUUCUCCCCGCCGCGCGCAACUCCCACGCCCCGGGCCAGCUGCCUGCUGGUGCGGGGUCCGCCUCCCCGGCGGGACCGAGAGGGUCCCUGGCGGCGUCUUUAAGGCUGCGCUCCCCGCCCCUCCCUCCUCUCCGCCCUCCCCCGCCCGCGCCCCUCCUCGUCGCCGCGGCUCCUCCCGGCCUCCCCGCGAGCCAGCGGCGGCGCGGAGCAGGUGCCGGCGAAGCCCUCGCAUGCCGCUGCCCGGCCCGAGGUGGUAGCGGCGCCGGGCGCUCCGCCCGCCCCUCCUCCGGGCCGCACUCGGGCUCCGGCGCGCGCGGGGACAUGUCGGUGGCGACGGGCAGCAGCGAGGCGGCCGGCGGGGCCGGCGGCGGCGGCGCGCGGGUUUUCUUCCAGAGCCCCCGGGGCGGUGCCGGCGGCAGCCCGGGCUCGAGCAGUGGCUCGGGAUCCUCCCGGGAGGACUCGGCGCCCGUGGCCACGGCGUCCGCUGCCGGGCACGUUCAGCAGCAGCAGCAGCAGCAGCAGCGGCGGCACCAGCAGGGAAAAGUGACAGUGAAAUACGAUCGCAAGGAGCUUCGGAAGCGGCUGGUGCUGGAGGAGUGGAUCGUGGAGCAGCUGGGGCAGCUUUACGGCUGCGAGAAUUUAGUGCCAGCCCAAAGACCACAUUCAGAGGAACAGAAACGUGCAUUUUCAGGAGGCUGGCACUGUGAACCUAGGAGAAGAGUCGGUGUUACAGCAGAUUGCACAGCAAAGAUCGGGGGACGAUCCGCUAACAGACUGAGGGGUAGCCAAGGUCUACUGUGGGUUGGAGGUGCAGAUUCCAAAUCAGUGAGGAAGAAGAAAUGCCAGAUGUGGAAAUUGACAUCGAUGAUCUUCUGGACGCAGAAAAUGAAGAAGAGAGAGCUUUAAAGUUACGGGAAGCUCUCGUAGACUGCUACAAACCAACAGAGGAAUUUAUCAAGGAGCUGCUCUCCCGGAUAAGAGGCAUGAGGAAACUGAGCCCCCCACAGAAGAAGACUGUAUAAUUCUGGCCCCGAUGGAACUCUCCUGGACACCCAGGGAGGGGUUUGGACUUUUAUUAAAGAAUAGUUGUCCUUCUGAGCAACUUUUCUGGGGGUAGGGUGGGGUGGUAUCUAUUAGACAUUUAUUAAACAGCGUUCCUUUUUUUGCUUUUAAAGGUUUUGUGGGUGUCAUAUUUUAAUAGCAAAGAGAUCAUGACUCUGGUUUCAGCCCAACCAGGGAUUAACAAACCAGGCAGACAAAGAAGGAUGGGCUGGGCCAGCCAGCAUCUUCUUGGAGAAACCAGAUGUUUAGAACCUAACGAUACAGGGAUGAUGGUUUUCUUACAGCUGCUUUGGUAAUACAUUUUUCUUAAGUUGUGCAUUUGACUCAGAGGUGAAAUUUCUCGUACUUGUAUAUAUCUACAGGCAACUAAGGUAACACGUUGAUGUGAGUUUUAUUUCACAUUGAUGGAAUAAACUUGUGGUUGUCUUUUCAUUGGAGAUCAUGGCAGGUAUGUUUUCAAGAGGCCUCUAGGUAUUCUUCACGUGAGUGCUGGAGACCUGCAAUGUUCACUUCACGCACCAGAGUGAAAGAAUUCAGUGUAUCCGUUAUUUUAAUACAACAAUGUGGAGUUGGUCAAGGGCUUGAUUUAUGGACUUUGUAUUAUUUCGUUAAUCGAGAUGCUUUGCCAGGUCAUGUACUUAUUGCCUCAUUUGUGGUAUUUUCAGGUUUCCUGAACCCUUUCUGUGAAUGACUGUUCGGAUUUCUAGAGAAAAGCCCAUGCUAUCUGAGUGGUGUUUUGCAGUGGAGCAAGGAAGAACCGUGUAGCAAUUCAUUUUCUGCUUUCAACCAAAUACUGUGUAUUAUUCUCUCUCCAUGAAAGCAGGUCAUAAGGAAGUGAGCAGAUUCAGUAUCUUCCUUCUUAGAAGUAGAUCUGGUCACUUUGGUGCCUGGGCAGCAUCAGACCAGAGGGGUGAGCUCAGCGAUGAGCAGGUGUAGAAGGGAGAAAGCCUCACCUCCUCUCAAGAAAGGUGAUACAGGAGCAUUUGCUGGUUUGGAAGCAUGGUGGAGAUUUCAUUUCUGGCUUCUCUCAGUGGCAUAUGGUGAGGACUCUGGCCCUAAUUGUGCACCCCGAUCCCCUAGCUUGGAGCUGAGCCUGGAGCGCCUGCCCUGCACCUCUCAGUUCCGUCCCAGCUCCUUGGAGAGGAUCAAAAUGCAGAUGGAUGUGGGUGAGGUCAAAGGUCAGAGUAGAAACUCUUGCUUUCCUCCAGGAGGCCCCCACUGCCUCCCCACAGAACCCCCCUCCCAUACUGUAAGGUGUCUCUAGGCGGCCCUGUCAGAGGACAGGGGUCAGGCAUUUUAUAUCAAGGGUGCUCUGAACAUAUUUUAUUUUUUAAAAGAACUAUGUUUGUGAAUUUUAUGUACACUGGCAAGCUAUUGAAAAUGUAUUUAAUUUUGUAAUGUUUACCAAUGAUUUAUUUACACGCUAUUUACUCGAAUAAAUGAUGCUGCUUACAGCUCUGCUUACA